UUCCAUAUGAGGGAGCUAGACAACUUGGAUAAGCGCAUAAGACCGUACCUGGAAAAAAUUGGCCAUGAAAAAUGGUCAAGGUAUCAUUCAGAAAACAACAGGUGAAAACUAAUAAGAAGGAUAAAAUUAAUGAUAUAUUCAGAUAUUUAAAGCGUUGUAUUUGCGUUGUUUUUGCGUUGCGUUUAAGUUUUUUUUUCAAAAGUAGAACUAUGAUAGAAACUGUCCAAAUUACAGGUACUCUACCAUGACAUCAAACAUAGCUGAGGCACUGAACUCAGCAAAUUUAGCAGCAAGGGAAACACCAGUGACAACAUUAAUGGAGUGCUUGAGGGCACAAAUGCAAGAGUGGACAUACAAUAAUAGAAAGGAGGCACAAAAAUGCACAACAAGGCUGACACCAUCAUCUGAGAAAAAACUCAUAGGGAACUAUGUACAGUCAUUGCGACUAACAGUGAAACCAGCAAACCAAAACCUGUUUGAGGUGAUAGAUGAAGACAGAACAAGAAUAGUAAACUUGAAGGAGAAGACGUGCACAUGCAAUAGAUUUCAAAAAGAUGAAAUGCCAUGUAACCAUGCAGUCGCCGUCAUGAAGGACUUGAACAUAAACACAUACAACUACUGUGCACAAUACUACACAUCAAAAGCAUGGCUGCAAACAUAUGAAGAAACAGUAUACCCAGUUGGAAACGUAAGAGAAUGGGAACUUCCAGAAUUUUUUGAAGACAUCAUAGUGUUGCCUCCAAAGGAGAGAAUCAAGUCUGGAAGGCCGAGGAAAAGAAGAAUGGCAGCAGCUUGGGAAACAAAGAAACAAAACAAGUGUGGCAAGUGUGGACAAAAGGGACAUAACAAAAAGACCUGCAGAAGAAUUACAGCAUAGAAGUGGAAACAACGCAAAAACAACUGUUUUUUCACAAACAUUUUCAAAGUAAAAUUUUUAAAUUUUUUUUACCUGGAUUUGUUUUCUGUAGCAUGUACAGGUAUCUUGGCAAGAGAUUGUACGACUCUUUAGCAUUUCCAUGUAGCUGGGUUUGUGCUCGCUCUUUACUACGCCAUGCUUUCAUGUAAUUCAUCUUUAUUCCGUAUUUGUCUUUCAUUUCUGUCUUUAUGUCUGCAGGGCUGCACUUUGUUUUCAGGUUCAAGAAUUUUGGUUUUACAAAAUCUGCUAUCAACUUUGAUGUAGCUUGUCGUUGAUCUCCAAAUCUUAUUGUAACUGCACAUGUGUGUUCUUCUUCGUAGCUCCUUAUUAUGAAUGUUUCUGUGUUUCCAUUUUUUGUAGCCUUUAAACUCCAUUUGCAGUUUGUGUCCAAACACACUAUGCUGUAUUCUUUUGUGCAAGAUUUCACUACUUUGUAUUGAAAUGUCUUCUUGAUUGCAAAGUAGCAUAGUGUACUUAUCAAUGUUUCUUUGUCCUUGUAAAUUUUCCCCUUCUCUAUUGUUUCAUGUCGUUUGUCAUUGAUGAUCAUCAUUUCUGUGUUGUCCACUUCCUCUUCUUCUUCCUGGUUGUUUUCUAGUUGUUGUACCAUUUCUGCAGCCACAAGCUUUGCAUAGUCGGUGAAGUCGAAAUCUUCAUCUACUGCUGUAGUUUUUUCUCGACCACCGCACUAUAAAGAUUUGCGUGAGCUUUUGGCAGUAAAAUCUGCACUAAAUAAUACUUGUUCAAAGGAUCUAGUUAGGGAGAUGAAAGUGUAUGAGUCUCUUGGUUCCAGUCCUUUUAUUGUUAAGUGCUACGGUCAAUUAGAUAAUUAUAAUAAAUGGGAGGUAAAUAUGGCGAUGGAGUAUGCAUCAGGUGGGUCCUUGGCUAGUGCGAUCGAGAGUAAGAAUAAUGGAGAUGGAUUGAGUGAGUGGGAAGUGAAGGCACACACUUGCUCCAUUCUUAAAGGGCUUGAGUUUAUUCAUGGAAAGGGUUUGGUGCAUUGUGAUUUGAAACCCGCAAACAUUCUACUGGUGGCUGAUGAUGAUGAUAAUAGUCCUUAUAGCGUCGAUGGUUUUGUGGCGAAGAUUGCUGAUUUUGGUUGAUUUUGGAUUUUGGAUUUGCUGGUUUUUUUUUUCCUUUUCGUUUUUGAUUUUGGAUUUUCGGGAUUCAGCUUGUUUCCUAGGAGUUCUACAUUUUUUUAGAUUUUGAUUUUGCUGGUUUUGGAAGAAAGAUGGUUGAGAUUGGGUUGUUGGGGUUGGAUCGCUGGGUCACGAAGAAGGGUGCGGCUGGGUCACGAAGAAGAUGGUGUUCCGUUUUGCUUGGCCGGCAUUUUUGUAAUUAACAACUUUAUAGAUUCUAUUUUUGUUUAUUUCCUUUUUUAGGGUCAUAAAUGUAAAUUUAUUACAUUUUAAGUUUAUAAUAGAAAAAAUCUCUUUACAAUUCCUCUUUCUUUCAAGUAAAUAAAAUGGUUGUUAUACUUUUCAAUGAAAAUGAAGAUUAUGAUCGGAAGAAGAAAGACGAAGCUUAUGAUCGGAAGAAAGUCGAAGACGAAGCCCAAGUCAAAACACAGGUCAGUCGUAGUCUAGUCCAAAAAGAUAGAUAUUAAUUAUUUUUUAAAUCAAAAUUACAGAAUUAAUUAUUAUAAUCCUAAUACUAAUAUGAUCAUUUCAAAAACAAAAAUCUUAUACAUAAAACACGAAAACUACAAAUAAUUAAAUUAUCCCAAUAAAAGUAUCUAUCAUUUAAUUAAAAAAUAAAACAUAAUCAUUUUUAAAAUCAAAAUUACAUAACUAUAAUCCUAAUCCUAAUAGUAAUAGGUUACAUAUACAUCUAUAUAUAGCUACUAGUCACUAGUGACGAGAGAGAAUAUUUUUAAACAAAUAAUUAGUAAUUAGACUUUAGUUUAGUGGGGCUAUAUCAACCUUAGUUUUAGUUGUACGCAUUCAUUAGUUUUUCUUAAUAAAUUAUUGUUUCUUCUAAGAAACAAAUUAAUAAAAUAUGAAGAUGAUGAGAAUGGUGAUCGAAUAUCGUCAAGAGAAGGGUACUUUUGUAAUCAAAUAUAAUAAGAGACAAAGAGAAGAUGAAGAUUCUAGAAAUAAUAAACGUAGCAAGUAUGGUGGAUGGGUGAAGGAAAAGUUACUCGGAAGGGGAGGUUUUGGAUGUGUUAACUUGGUUAAGUUUAAAGAACCUCGACCACCGCACUAUAAAGAUUUGCCUGAGCUUUUGGCAGUAAAAUCUGCACUAAAUAAUACUUGUUCAAAGGAUCUAGUUAGGGAGAUGAAAGUGUAUGAGUCUCUUGGUUCCAGUCCUUUUAUUGUUAAGUGCUACGGUCAAUUAGAUAAUUAUAAUAAAUGGGAGGUAAAUAUGGCGAUGGAGUAUGCAUCAGGUGGGUCCUUGGCUAGUGCGAUCGAGAGUAAGAAUAAUGGAGAUGGAUUGAGUGAGUGGGAAGUGAAGGCACACACUUGCUCCAUUCUUAAAGGGCUUGAGUUUAUUCAUGGAAAGGGUUUGGUGCAUUGUGAUUUGAAACCCGCAAACAUUCUACUGGUGGCUGAUGAUGAUGAUAAUAGUCCUUAUAGCGUCGAUGGUUUUGUGGCGAAGAUUGCUGAUUUUGGUCUGGCUAAGACUAGUAGUGUUGGUAGUAAUAAUGGUGAUGAUGAGUGCAUGAGGAGGUCAAAGGUUGGAGGAACUCUGUAUUAUCUUUCUCCCGAAGCUUUAUUAGAAAAUACUCAAGAAGAGGCGAGUGAUAUUUGGGCAGUUGGGUGUGUGGUUUUGCAAAUGUUGACUGGACUAGUGCUGCCGUGGUAUGAUAACCCCACCGAAAAUCAGCUUUCCAGUAUAAUUAGUAUAGACACUCCAUGUAGUGGUUUACCUUCGGAUUGGCUUUCCAAGAAUGCUUGGGAUUUCUUGUUCAAGUGCUUUACUAGGAACCCUAAUAAUAGACCUUCUGCUCACAUGUUACUAAACCAUCCCUUUCUUCUCUCAGAAGAUCACCAAGAAAGUGAUCAACAAAUAAAUCACAAUGAUAUUGACGCUGAUGAAGAUCAUGCUAAUGAUGGUGAUGGUGAUAGUGAUGGUGAUGGUGAUGGUGAAGACUCUGAACACGUCGACGAUGGUGAUAAUGAUGAUGGUGAUGAUGAUGAAGAAGAAUACGAGGACGACGAUGAUGAUGAACAGCCUCCCUUUUAUGAUUCUUGGUUUAGCAGUAGUCCCUGACAUUCCAUUUCUAUACUUCUAUAUUAAUUCAUUUUUUCAACUUCGAACAUCAAUUCCACAAUUUUUUAUUAUCUGUAAUAUAUUUGUUUUGUAUGUACAUUGUAAUCAUUAUUAUAAAGGUAAUUUAUAAUAUAUUUAUUUUGUAUGUACAUUGUCAUCAUUAUUAUAACAGAAAUUUAUAAUAUAUUUUGUUUUGUAUAUACAUUCUGAUCAUUUUUAUAAGAGAAAUUUAGGGUAUUAAUGUCUAACUAGGCGGCAACUACGUGCGAGGCACGUGUUAUUUUGUUUUUGAUAUUUUUUUUUUUGAUUUUUUUUUGUAAAAUAUUUAAUUUAAUAAUAGAAUAUUAUUUAUAAAUUUUAUUAAAUAUUUUGUAAGAUAAGAUGUUUACCCAUUUAAAAAAUAUUACACAGGAUAAGUUUUUUAUUAUAAUUUUUAAAUUAUUACUUAUAUGCAAUGUAUAAUUUAAGAUAAAAAUUUAGCAAUUUCUUCUUGUUUUAUUUCUUCAAUAGAAUAUAUAUUAAAAUUCUUAUAUAUCUUUGAGUUUUUAUCUUCUUUUGAUCAACAUAAAUUUGUAGUAUCCAACACUUAGUUGACAAUUUAUUAGAAAUACUUUCAAUAUAUUUAAUCUUUUUCAGAGAAAUAAAUUAUAAAAGUUAGUUUUAGUCUUCAAUUAAUGAUGAUAUUACUAUAUAAAUAAAUAAGUAUAUAGUUUGAAAUGUUAUCUCUUUAGAAUAAUCUAUUAUUUAUAUUACAUUAGAUCUUAAAAGUUAUUUUACUUUAUAUUACACAUAGUUUUUACAAAUAAAUAAAUUAUAAGAUUAUAUGCUGAAAUAAGUAUAUUAUAUUAAAUUAUACGCUUUUAGUGUUGUCAUUUAUUUGAGCAUAUAAUCUUACACUAAAAAACAUAAUUAUUUUUACGCUUGGAUGGACUUGUAUGUAUCAAUGACUUAUAAUUAGCUAUCACUUUUGCUUUCCUGUCAUAUAUGUUGUUGGAUUGAUAUUGUUAAUUGUGGUAUUUAUACUGUUUAAUUCUAUAAUAUUGUAAGAUUAAUAAAAUUAAAGGUAUAUUGUUACAAAUAUAAAUAUUUGAUAAUAGUAUAAGUUAAAAAUAUUAAAUGCAAUAUUAUGACAUAAUUAAAAAAUUAAACUUUAAGAAAUAGUAAUAUUGCAAGUAAAUAGUAAAAUAAAAUUAUAAGGCAUAUAAUUAUAAAAUUUAAAAAAAAAAAAGUGUUUUUUUUGAAUAAGUAAAAGUUUUGUUUUAUUUAUAUAUUUGGGUGUUCAAUGUUGAUUUUUUUUUUUUUGAACUUUUAAAAAUUUUUAAUGUAUUAAUUAUUUUUUAUACAUAAAUUUAACAAUACGGUUUUUUUUUUUGUAUAUAUUUCCACAUGGUGCUGAUAUUAUUAUUUUUAAAAACUAAAAUUAUUAUCUUUAAUUUCUAUUUUGAAUAAGAAUAAUAUUUUGCAUAUAUUUCCCUAAAAAUAAUAAUAAUAAUAAUAAUAAUAUAUAAAUAAAUUAAAAAAAAAUAUUUCAAAACAAAAAAAUAUCCCGAAGGUAGAUAAUUUUUUCGCCUAUACCGAUGACGAACAUUCAUUUUCCUGCAAUCACAUCGCCUGCCUCCUGUCGUUUUUAUUUUUUUUAUACCUACAAUAAGAUAAAAAAAAUAAUUAGUGAUGAAAUAGACUUAGUAAUCCACUCAUUUUCAGUAAAUAUGUAAAUGUACGUAUUAGAAUUAUUUCACACAAGAAUUGCUUGGGAGUCGAAACAAUGUAAUACCAUCAUUCAACCUAAAUAUUUUGUUCUGUUGUGAAAUUUAUUUGUACAUUUGAUUUAAGAAAAUAAUUAUGUAAUCUUAAAAUAAAUUUAUCCUUCUAUCAGAAAAUUCUGAUGAGACCAGGAAAUAGAUAUAGUUGACCAAGUUUUUAAUUUUUGUCCAUUGAACCCGCAUCCCAUUUAUAUUAUAUAUAAAACUUCCUUUCGAUCUCCCACUAUCUAUUAUAUGAUACUUUUGAUGCUUUUAUAUUUA